CUGGUCAACGGGAGUCGACAGUGAACACAUCAUGAACACCCUGCGCGUUGCUGCGUGCGCCGCCGCUCUGGUGGUCCUCGCCUCGGCUGACCACGGAGGCGGCGGAGGAUUCAAGGGAUCCUCUGGCGGAGGAUUCAAGGGAUCCUUCGGCGGAGGAUUCGGCGGAAGCCAUGGCGGCGGCGGCUUCAUCUCCAGCGGCGGAUACGGAGGCGGCGGCGGUGGCCACAGAGUAGGCGGAAUCAGCACCAGUGGAUACAACGGCGGAUCCAGUGGUGGAUUUGGCGGUGGGCACGGAGGAAGAAUCGUAUCCAGCGGUGGAUACGGAGGCGGAUCCAUUGGCGGACACGGCGGUGGAAGCGUCAUCUCCAGUGGUGGAUACGGUGGUGGUUCCAGUGGCGGAUACGGAGGUGGGAGCAGCAUCUCUGGUGGUGGAUACAGCGGAGGAUCCAUUGGGCACGGUGGUGGACGCAUCAUUUCAAGCGGUGGACACAGUGGUGGAUCCAGUGGUGGAUACGGUGGUGGAUCCAUUGGACACAGCAGUGGAAGCAUCAUUUCAAGCAGUGGAUACAGUGGUAGAUCCAGCGGAGGGUCCAUUGGACACAGUGGUGGACGCAUCAUUUCAAGCGGUGGAUACAGCGGCGGAUCCAGCAGCGGCUACGGAGGUGGAUCCAUCGGUGGACACAGCAGUGGAAACAUCAUCUCCAGCGGUGGAUACGGCGGCGGAUCCAUUGGACACGGCGGUGGAAGAGUUAUUUCAAGCGGCGGAUACGGCGGUGGGAGCAGCAUUUCCAGCGGCGGAUACAGCGGUGGUUCUUCCAUCGGAUACGGUGUCGCCGGAGGCCGUUCAUCUGUCACUGUAUCCUCAGGGGGCUAUGGCGGCGGAUCCAGCGGCGGAAGAAUCAUCUCUGGUGGUGGAUACGGCGGAGGAUCCAUUGGACACGGCGGUGGACGCAUCAUUUCAAGCGGUGGAUACAGUGGUGGAUCCAGUGGCGGAUACGGCGGAGCAUCCACGGGUGGGUACGGUGGUGGAUCCAGCGGAGGACGCAUCAUUUCCAGCGGCGGAUACGGAGGCGGAUCCAGCGGUGGAUACGGCGGAAACUCGGGAGGAUACGGCGGCGGCAGCUCAGUCGUCUCCAGCCGAGGAUUCGGCGGCGGGAACAGCGGCUACCAUUGAUACAUGUCACUACUGUGUGGGCUCGGAACGACCCUUCGUGUGUGUCAACUAUCAAAGUCUAUUAUUUAUUCGUAAUCAAUAAAUGUUAAAUUCAA